ACAUGUCAUUUCAAUGCCCCAGGUAAAUCUAUAUUACCUGUAAUCCCAGCAGACCGAACGUCAACAAUGCCAUGCGCAUCGACUCCGUCCGGCCCUUGAUCGAGGGUGAGCCCACCCAUCUUGCAGCUUGCGGCAUUCCUGCUGGAUGUAUAUCUGCAGGAAUCUAGUCCUUGUCGUAAUCUUCAGCCUUCCAUCAGCUGAAGGGGAUUUUCUGGUCGCGUGCCUACGAUCAGGACGCGAAAUUGUUGCGGGGAGCGAUGGGAAGUCGGUUUCUUUGGAACCCCGCAAAACCCUGCAGUACCGGGGUGAAAAAAACAAGCAAAUGAUGAUUCAAACACGGUGGAGAGAUGGUGAGAAAGCAGUCAAAAACGUUGUGGUACGUUGAGGGUUCUAGGUGAUAAAAAUAGCCACCAGGAAUGCGGGUGAGAUCCAAGUGUGCACGGGCGUUUCUCCGA